AUGCCCAACAUCGUCGCCAUCACCGGUAUCAACGGCUUCAUCGCCACCCAAGUCGUCCUCCUCUUCCUCACCCGCAACUGGCACGUCCGCGGCUCUGUCCGGACUCCCCUCCAAGCCCAGUCAAUGAAAGAACAUCCCGUUUACAAAGAGUGGGUGGAAGGGGGCAAGUUGGAGGUUGCUGUGGUGCCGGAUAUGGCGGGCAGGGAGGGGGAGGGAGGGGAGGUUGAGGGGUUGUUGGACGGGGUAAGGGGGGUUGUUUGUUUGGCGGCACCUCUUCCUGGGGCGGAUACCACUUCGUGGCCAGGUUUCCGAGACCCGACCAUCCAAGGUAUCAAACGAGUCCUCGAAUACGCUCAAAAAUCAUCCACUAUUAAAAGUGUCGUCAUCAUGUCAUCUGUAGCCGGUGCAGUCGACUGGUCCGCCCCGCCCGGGAAGGUCUUCACAGAGGAUGAUUGGAUCCCUUUUAGUGAUGACGAUUGUCAGGCUGAUGGCGCCGACAUUAACCCGGGCAUACUUAUGAAGUGGUAUGGGACUGCGAAGAAGAUGACAGAGCAGUAUGCUCUGGAAUUUCAAGAGAAGGAGAAACUUGGAUUUUCUAUUGCUACUGUUGCGCCCUCUAUGGUCUACGGUCCCCCCAUCUACAUCCCCACCGCUUCCGACCUCCCAAAGCUUCAAUACUACCAACAAGAAUUCUUCUCCCUCUUUGCCGGCGGGAAGGACAGAAAGCUGCCGGAACAGAUGGCCCAGAGCUGGGUGGAUGUGAGGGAUGUGGCUGAGGCAUUUUAUGUUUUGGUGGAGAGGGAGGGGAGGGGGAGGUAUUUGAUUAGUGGGGGUGAGUACAAAUGGCAAGAAUGGGCCGACAAACUGCACACUCUCCGACCCGACCUGGACGAACACCUGGCGCUGGGCGAACCGGGAAAGUAUCCUGAUUCGAGGUGGAAGGUGGAUGGGAGCAAGUCUGUUAGGGAACUUGGUAUGAAAUAUCGUACGGCCGAAGAGACGUUGAAGGAUACGCUCGCGUACUUUGAGAAAAUCGGUGUCUUCGAGGAAGCUGCUGGUGCAUGGAAGAUCUAG